AUGUCUAAUAUCGGUCUACAAUUACGUCAAAGUGCUCCUCAAGUGGACUCUAUCGUCACCGAUUAUGUACUUGGUUAUUUCAACCAUCUAUCCAAUGCGACUUAUGAUGCAGUCCAAAGUAAACAAUUGGAUCUAGAUUCAGAAGUCUCCUUUUUAAGAGACUUGUUGUUAAAUGCUGGUGCCAAUUCAGAAAAGAUUUCUAAAGUUAUCAACGAGAUGGAAGGUAAACUGUCCGGUCAAUUGAAGGAAAAUCAAGCAAAGUUAGAGUUAACUGGUGAUACUAGUAAGAGAUUAUUGGAUAUUAAUGUCCUACAGAGUCACAACAGUAAGGAUAACUUGAAUAAUUCUUUGGCUGCGCUAGGUGUCUCUGGUGAUAUUGAACACGCUGGUAGAAAGAUGGAAACUAGAGUUGAUUUGAAGAAGUUGAGGAAAGCUGAAGAUAAGAUUGCCAAGAAAGUUGCAAAGAGAAAUAACAAGUUUGUUAAGUAUGAAGCAUCUAAAUUGAUCAAUGAAGGGGAAGAUGAUGAUUAUGAUUCGUUCUACUUGAAGAUUAACCCAUUAGAAUUUGGAUCCGGUGCUGGUAAAUCAAAGGACAUUAAGAUUGACACUUUCGAUUUGUAUGUUGGUGACGGUCAAAGAAUUUUGUCCAAUGCCCAAUUGACAUUGAGUUAUGGUCGUAGAUACGGUCUUGUGGGUCAGAACGGUAUUGGUAAGUCUACUUUAUUGAAAGCUCUUUCUAGAAGAGAAUUGAACGUUCCAAAGCACAUUUCGGUUUUACAUGUCGAACAAGAAAUCAGAGGUGACGAAACCAAGGCAUUACAAAGUGUGUUGGAUGCUGAUGUCUGGAGAAAGCAAUUACUAUCAGAAGAAUCUAAGAUUAAUGAAAGACUACAAGAAAUUGAAAACUUAAGAAAAGAAUUUAAUGAGGAGAGUUUAGAAGUUAAGAAGUUGGAUAACGAACGUACAGAUUUGGAAGAGCAUUUGGAACAGAUAUCUGAAAAAUUGAUAGACAUGGAAUCUGACAAAGCUGAAGCCAGGGCGGCUUCCAUCCUAUACGGUUUAGGUUUCAGUACAGAAGCUCAGCAACAACCUACAAACUCUUUCUCUGGUGGGUGGAGAAUGAGAUUAUCCUUGGCAAGAGCUUUGUUCUGUCAACCAGAUUUACUUCUAUUAGAUGAACCCUCCAAUAUGUUGGAUGUCCCAUCUAUCGCAUACUUGGCCGAAUACUUAAAAACAUACCCAGCUACCGUCUUGGUGGUGUCCCAUGACAGGGCAUUCUUGAACGAGGUUGCCACUGAUAUCAUUUAUCAGCACAAUGAAAGAUUGGACUACUACAGAGGUCAAGACUUUGAUACUUUCUAUGCUACCAAAGAAGAACGUCGUAAGACCGCUCAAAGAGAAUACGAGAACCAAAUGGCGUACAGAAAGCAUUUACAAGAGUUCAUUGACAAAUAUAGAUAUAAUGCUGCGAAAUCCCAAGAAGCUCAGUCAAGAAUCAAAAAGUUGGAAAAACUACCAAUAUUAGAACCACCAGAAGAAGAAAAAGUCGUUAACUUCCACUUUCCUGAUUGUGAGAAACUUUCACCACCUAUUAUUCAAUUACAAGAUGUCUCCUUCAGUUAUAAAGAGAGUGAUCCUCUAUUAACAGACGUUAACUUGGAUGUUCAAAUGGAUUCAAGAAUUUCAUUGGUCGGUGCUAAUGGUUGUGGUAAGACUACACUAUUGAAGGUGAUGAUGGAACAGCUAAGACCAACCAAAGGUUUUGUAUCAAGAAACCCAAGACUUCGUAUUGGUUACUUUACACAACAUCAUGUUGACUCCAUGGAUUUGAAUCAAUCUGCGGUCGACUGGAUGUCCACUGCGUUCCCAGGUAAAACAGAUGAAGAAUACAGACGUCAUUUAGGUGCAUUUGGUAUCAGUGGUUCGUUAGGUAUACAGAGAAUGCAAUUAUUAUCUGGUGGUCAGAAAUCGAGAGUCGCUUUUGCAGCUCUAUGUUUGAACAACCCUCAUAUCUUGGUAUUAGAUGAACCUUCUAACCAUUUGGAUACUGCUGGUUUGGAUGCACUCGUUGAUGCUUUGAAAUCUUUCAAUGGUGGUGUUCUAAUGGUUUCACAUGACAUUUCCGUUAUUAACAGCGUCUGUAAUGAAAUCUGGGUUUCUGAAGGUGGUAAAGUACAAAGAUUUGAUGGUACCAUUUUCGAUUAUAGAGAUUACAUUAUUGCAAAUGCAGGGAAAGCUGGUUUCGUCAAAAGACAAUAG